CGUGGAACCGGAACGUGCUCAAGAGGAAACCAGAAGAAACGAUGUUGCUGAGUCGUUUAAGCUCCUCUUCCGCUCCUUACCAAGGAGAAGAGGUUUUAUUAAAGAAAGGUGGCGGGGAAGACGUGAAGUAUCUCGUGAGAUGGGCCAGACAACAAGAGAAUAAGGAGGACGACGCCAAGACGCACGUUGGUACCGUACCUUCUCGUCCCUCUGGUCGGGAUAUUACUAUAUGGAUGACUAGAGAAGAACUCCUUUCCUGUUGCCCUCACUUAAAUUCUCAGUGUAGUCUCGACAGUAAACCCUCCUCUACGACCAGUACUGUAAUGGGUGUGUCUGUAGGCGUGGCCUCAGAGAGUACCGAGGAAGAGGAUUUUCUUUCGUCAGAUGUUACAAAUUUAAUAACUCGUGCCAAGAGGCUUAAUUCUAAACUAAAAGCUAGUAAUGGUAGCACUAGUAAUGUUAAUAGUAGUUCCUCUGUACCUGAGUCCCUCCUUACUAACACUGUUAACAUAUUAUCGACUUAUGCUAAGAUAUCCUCUCUCUCUCAUUCCUUCAAACAAUCUGGUAUCAUUGAUUUAUUGCUUGACCUAUUGUCUUCAAGACUACUAGCUGUCAGAUCCAGUGCUAGUGAUAUGCUUCGUUCAUUUGCUUGUUAUGAUCCAGCCAGUAGGUCUUAUGUUUUAUUGAGGCUGACACAGAGUGAGGAAGAAGACGUUACUUCUGAUGAGGGGGAAGGCUCCACUGCUAGUCAGGAUAUGCUAAUGGAACUGUUUGCUGAAACGUCACAAGUUGAAGAAGAUGAAGAGGAGACUGAUGAUGAUGAUGAUGAUGAUGAUUUCAUACCACAAGUACCAGUGAAGUACUUACACUCUUUGUUGAAGAAUUAUCUAAGAGUUACAUCUGAUCCAUCUCCAUCAUCUUUUACUUCUAAUCCACUAGAGGACUUCAAUCACUUCUCACUGUUGUUUGAACUCCUUUCUCAGUUAUUUGUCAUGUUUGGGUGGGUUGAGAGGAACACUAAUCAAACCCUGUACAGAGGGAGUUCAAUAUUCAGCAGUGGAUCUUUGAGUGGGAAAAGAGGUGGCAUUGUGCCUCAUAAAUCCCUUCCCUCCACCUCCUCCUCUUUUAAAACUCGCUCAGAUUUUGAUAGUAAUUCCUCUUAUUUUUCUUACGUGUCAAGUCGUAUUAAACCAGGAAUGACAGUUAGAUCAAGAGUGAAUAGAGGGCUGGUAUUUGUGGGAGAUAUUGGUGAAUAUGUGAACCAUAUAGAAGGAAUUCCUUUAAUUGAAGUGCGCUGGAAAAAUAUUGGAUCAAUGACAAUGCAGUUUCAUGAGAUUGAGCUUGUUGGUGGAGACUCUACAUUAAUGACAAAUGGAGAUGAUUGUCUUAAGCCCCACCAUUCCUAUGCUCUGAUACUACCCAGUAAUGAGAAAUAUAGAGGAGGAGGAACUGAAAGAAAUGAUAAAGUAUUCAGAGCUCACUGGUGGGAAGUUCUUUGUUUGGUAAAGAAAUUACCAGUUAAUCAUGUGCACGAAAUAAUCAAAAUAACGAAGGACCCUGUAUUAAAGGAAUUUAAUGAUCUCAUCACUUAUCUUCCUACAUAUGAACAAAUACUAGCUAUUGUACAGUACUGUGACACCUCCUGCCCUCAGCUUGAUACUCUAAUGCUCUCAAUUAGAACUGAAGACAAAUUCCUCUCUCUUCUGAAGAAUGCUUCAUCCCAACCACCUCGUCCAUCCACUCCUACUCCCAGUAUCAGUUACCAGUUAUCUCCUCCUUAUCCUGAGCCAUUCUAUGAGGAGGAGGCAUCAGAAAAGGAUGAGUCAUGGUUGGAAUCAAUUAUGGAGAAUUCUGAGGUUGAUGACGAUUACAUGUUUUUUCAUCAUGUUAGUCUUAGUAAAGCUAUAAAACUGAAGGACAAGAUAGAGAAGAAGUUGCUUAAGAAAGGACGUAAAAGUUGCAGAUUUGCUGUAUAUUCAUUGCGCAGUCUUAAUGGAAUAGUGAAGAAGAUUGAGUCAUCAAGCAAUCGCAUGGACUGUGCCCUCUCAGGAACUGUGUCACUUGUCCUCAAGCUAAUGGCUAUAAAUAGUAAAUCUCCUCUCCUUCAAUCCACUGGCCUACAGUGUCUUUAUGCUAUACUUGGAGGACACUCUCUUCAUGAGGGCAUACCAAUACUGCCUUAUGAGACACGCCCACUCGAUAUGACUGAAGUUAUUAGAUCAUCAAUAAUCACAGCACUCAUCAGUCUGAAAGGAUCAUCAUCUGAUUCAUUAUUGAGGCUAAGGGAAGCAAUGGACUGCAUCAUUAAUUACUACAAUUUGAAUGUUUCUUCAGAUGACAAGAGGUUAUAUCUUGAUGCCAUUCGCUGUGGUCUCUCCAUCAUAUUAACACUCCUGUAUUCUGAUAAUGCCCACCAGUUGUGUACUGAUUGGUCGCUUCAUGAGCUCAUCCGCUCACUUAAAGUGAGUUUCCCUGAUUUCCCACUAAAGGACAAGUUGAUAUCGUUGAUUGUAUCAGUGAUACCGGAUGAUCCCGUGAACAAUCCUGAUACAACUGUUGAUAAGGAGAUCAUUCAUUUAGUCAAGUUAUUGUCGGCAUAUUCUGGGCACACCUCGAGGAACCCUUUACCAAGGCUCCUCCAAUUGUUGGAGGUAGAGGAAGAGAGGAAGAAAGCAAAGGAUUCUGAUGUUGCUGCUGAUGGAUGCUCUGUUGUUGAAUUGUUUUUACGUCAUAGAGGAAUUACUCAUUUGUCCAUUGCCAUGAAAACUAAUUCUUCACUUCAUUUUAUGGAAAGUGGUUUAAAAAUGUUGUUAAUAGUUAUUAAUGAUGGGUUUGAGUCUGCUUCAUUAGCUUGUCUUCAGGGGGCACAGUGUAUCAUCACUACUGCAUUGAGCUCCCGUUUUAAGGAAAAGAUUACUUCAACCUUUUGGAGUUGCAUUAACGGCUUGAAGAAACACUCAGAAUUAAUCGAGUUUGUUGUGACAAGAAAAAUGAAUAAUCUUUUAAUGAAGUCACAUAUUUACUCUUCAAAGGACUUAGAACUUCUGAAACAACACGAAAAGCUCCUUGAAAAGAGAAGAAGCUCAAAGCAGUCAGUGAUAUUGAAGAGUCUUCUUAAAGGAUUAGUGGAGCAUUUGAUGACGGAAAUAGAAAACGAAAGAAGGUCAAGGUCCUACCCCUGCCUGCCUUACCUGUCAUCAUUUAUCAGGUUUAUGUCCAACGAUAAUGGUGUAUUUGUAUCAGGUCGUGAUAAGUGUUGGGAUAGAGUUGAAGUGUCCAGUAAUGAGUAUCGUAAGAUGAGGAUGUUGGAUGGUGACCUUUCAACACACUGGGAGAGCUCUGGCUCAGAAGGCAGUCACUGGAUUAGAUUGCACAUGAUAAAGAAUGUUGUUGUUAGGAAACUCUCAAUUGGUGUCUGUAGUUCUGAUUUGAAUUACAUGCCUCGAGUGGUUGUGGUACAAGGAGGAAAAAGAAUAGACAAUAUGACUGACCUUAAUACAGUUAGUAUUCCAUUCACUCACUCUGGAAUGUUUGAGAUACUAUCAAAUUGUGCCAACCAUUAUCCUAUUAUUACCAUUAGAAUCAAGAAAUGCCAUGAGGGUGGUGUUAAUGUAAAGAUUAAAGAUAUAUCAGUAGAGGGUACGCAGAUGUCUCGUUGGGCAUUAUUUGGAGGUCUUUUCACUGAACGAACUCAGUUAUUUUAUGAAAUAAUGCAGCAUUUGUGGACGAAGGAACUUUCAGCAUCUCCACUGGCACUCUUCGAAAGGAUUAAUUCUGUCAUGAAUUAUGAGCAAUCUUUUGCUGAUUCCUACCUGUUCACUCUACACUCAAGACAAGCUCUGGGCACUGCCUGUCAGACUGCUUUACUAAAUCCUUUAGCUACUCGUCUCACUAGCAGCAGCUGCUGGGGUCAAGUAUUGAUCAAAUUAUUGAGUGAAUACAUUUCUAAUUAUUGCCCGACUCCCUCCAGUCCAUAUAAGGAAUUACUGACACACGAGCAUUUUAUUGAUAAAGUCCCAGGGAAUGCAGAAGUGCUCAUUAAAUUAUCACAGAUCAGGAGAAUGUGUAGAUUAUUGGUCAGUGUCUGUAAUAGCAAGACUCAAGAGGCUACUGGUGAUUCUUCUGAGUUAGUAAGAAUCAAUGAUGCAUUGGCUAAAUCAUGGAGGGAUGCAGUUAGUCAAAAAGUGUCUUGUGUCCUGAACAGGAUAAGCUUCACUUCACCUCCUCUUGUUUUGAUGACUGAUCUACUUUACUUGUAUGAUAAGAUCAUUCAAGGAACCAGGGAGUUGUUUGGUAGUCAGUCCUCAUUAUUCCUCUCUGUCAGUGAUGGGUAUUGUAUUGCCUUUCAAGCUCUAAAUGAAGUCAAGAGUGUUAAGUUGUGUGAGAUACUGUCCCUCUGCUUCCAUCAUCUCCUCAUUAAAGAGCACUCCUUGGUUCAUAGUUCUAUCAGUGAUACUGUCAGGGAGACUAUACUCCUCUCUUUUGCUGAUACUCUGGCAUUCAUUCACAAUCUUGAUAUCAGUAAUAUCUUUGAGCACUUUUACAGGAGACAUUUUAGUGAGCGUGUAUUAUCAAAUCGCUUGUUAUCAGUUGCUAUGGAACUAAAGGUCAUUGAAGCCCUUGAGAAUUGCUUUCCUAGUCAGUAUCCUCAGCAGAUGUUGAUUGAUCUUAAAGAGUCAGAGAAAUUAAUGAAAUCAUUUACACAAGAUUACAUUGUGGACAGUAUUGACUCAUUAUUGACCAGUGAACAUGGCAAUAUGGUUUCUUCAGUCUCUUCAGAUAUACUAGAAUUAUCAGAGAGACUCUCUUAUUACAGAACUGAGCAAUUACUUACUGUUAAUUUAUUAGCACCACACAAAUGGUCCUUGAAACACAAGCCCCUCCCUCUUCCCCUCCCCCACCACACCUUAAACACAUUCAUCAAUGACUACACUAAAUUUUAUACAUCAAGUUCAUUAAAAUCUCUUUAUUCACAUGAAAAGUUACGUCAGAUAUCAUGGACCCUAUAUGGUUCUGCUACUCUUGUUUAUCAAGAUUGUCUUAGCAUUGAUGUAUCAACUACUCAGAUGAUCAUAUUAUUGCAGUUUAACAAGGCAGAAAAACUCACUUACUUGGAUUUGCUUGAAGGCACCCGACUACCUUAUAAGGAAGUUAAUCAUGGCCUCACUUUGAUGAUGCAGAAAGGACAAAAGAUUCUCACAUCCUCUCAUUCCAUUAGUACUUUUAAACAUACAACCGUAUUCACUAUCAAUGAAAAGCUUAUGAAGUCAUUAAAAGGGAAAAUACAUGUAUGUGUUCAUGGAACUAAGUGGAUGGAGGACAGCAUUGGUUUGAUUACUGUAAUAGAGAGGAGGAGAUCAGUCAUUGAUUCAGUUAUCAUUAGAUUAUUAAAGAAAGAGAAGACACUAACAACUGAUAAUCUCAUAUCUACUGUUAUUAAUGGUUUUGCAAAAGGAGAGUUUGUAGGGAUUGCUUAUAAGUACAAGCGGUUCAACUGCAGCCAUGAUAAUGUACUGUCAAGGAUAGAGUCACUGAUAUCAAGAGGAUACAUUAAGCAAUACCCUAGCACACCUCAUGUCCUUGAGUAUAUAUCUGAUACUGUAUUGGUCAAGCAUGUUAAUGUUACUCCACAGGAACUGGCUAAUAUCAGGAGUCCUAAUGGUCUGCCUCAUAAGAGAGGUAGUUCUAGUCCUUUAAUAAGCUCCUCAAAAAAGAAAAUGAAGCUGAGAAAGGAUGAGGAGAAGAAGGAGGGAGAUAAUGAAAGGGAUGAUGAUGAGGUUCUACUGGUUAAUCUUUCAUUGGGGACAAGGACUAGAACAAUGGAAGACAUUAAGACUGAGAUCAAUAAAGAGGUGGACAGUUUAUCUGAUGUCAUGAAGAUACCUUCUGAUGUUAUUGAAGCAAUGCUUUGUCAACUAUCUUGGAAUAAAGAUGUUUUUCUACAGAGAUAUUUUGAAGAUAAGAAAUCACUCUUUAUUAGUUGUGGGGUGUCUCCAGAGUUGGGGCCUCCUCCUCUUCCCUCCAUUCCUGAUAUUUGUCCAGUUUGCUUCUCUGAAUUAUCUGAGAGUUCCUCUUACUGGCUCUGGUGUAAACAUGUCUGCUGCAAAUCAUGCUGGAGUACCUACUUGACAGAGCAAGUGAUGUCACUAAACCAUGCCCUCUCCUGUACUUGUAUUGUGAGUGGGUGUAACGCUAAAGUGACAGGAACGGCACUUUUGGAAAUUCUUAAGACUAAGGAAUCUGAAGUCCUUAUUGAAUAUGGUAAAGCAUUGGUAAGAUCUUAUGUUGAAUCCAAUGGGUUCCUCACAUGGUGUCAUAAUCCAACUGGUUGUGAUUGUAUUCUAUAUCGUGAUGAUGGGCACAAAGACAUUACCUGUGGUCAGUGUGGAUGGAGCUCUUGUCUCUCAUGUACUUUUACUGAAGCACACCAGCCUUUAUCAUGCGAGCAGUUAGUAAAGUGGAUUGGACUAGGAGGAUUUUAUGAUGGAAUGGAUGAAGAUGCUCGGUCUAAGCAUUUAGCAAACAUCAUAUCAAAGAGAUGUCCUGGCUGCAAUGCACAGAUUGAGAAGAACGAGGGAUGCCUGCAUAUGAAGUGUAAUUGUGGACAUCACUUUUGCUGGAGGUGCAUGAAUUCCUGGCAACCAACUCACACUGACUAUUUCAAGUGCUCUGCCAAAGUCAAUGAAUCAGUUGAAGACUCUAAAAAGUUUGUUGACUGUAAUCAACGUUGUGUAGGAUACCAUAAAUCAAAGUUAACUAUUCAAAAUCUUCAACUGCAAGUAAAAAAGAUUAGUGAGUCAACUUCUUUGAAGACUCUCUCCACUGUGAAUGAUGCUUGUCUUCUCUUACAGCAAUCUUACAAGGUACUUUUAUAUUCGUGUAUUGUUGAAUAUUUCAGUGAGAGUGGCUCUUAUGUGAGCUUUUUGACCUCAUCCCUUGAAGCUAAUGUAAUAACUCUUCGACGCUCCUUAGAGAAUAUAUUUUCACAUGUUCCUUCUCAAUCGCUUAAAGACACACGCCUCUCACUGAAUGAUGGUUUGAUUAAUAGAGUAGCUAUACUAAAGAACAAGUUAUUGACUUGCUCUGAUCAGUAUUUGAAGUUAGGUCACAUAGCUCCUGAACCUGUUCUGCCUGAGAAAGUAAAAGAUAUUAAUACUAGCCCAGCUCAUCACUGUAACAGGAAUGACCAUUCUCAUCAUUCUGAUUCAUGGCAUCCGUGGGAUGAUGAUAGUGACGAUGACUAUUAUGAUGAUGACUAUGAUGAUGAUCAUUAUUGUUAUGGCUCUGACUAUGAUGAUUUUAAUGAUUUUGAUUCUGAUUUUUCUUAUUAACUAUCUUCACAAAACUUAAAUAUUAUAUCAAUAGUUAUUAUUGUGUUUUUUUCUAAAUAUAAUUUUGUUAUCAGGAUCUAUAAUAAAAAA